AAUGCAGCCCUGACGUUUUUAGACUCUGACCUCCAGAACAGUUAGGUAAUAAACUCGGCGUUGUUUUAAGCCACCACCUUUGUCAUAAUUUAUUACAGCAACAAUAGGAAACUGAUACGCUCUCCAUCCGUGUCUUUUACUUGGACAAUUUACCUGUUGAAGAACUUUGGCCAUUUGACCUGUAAAGUUUCCUAAUUCAGGAUUUUGCUGACUGCAUACUUAUGGUGCAGCUCUACAUUUUCCUCCACCUCGUCGUGUCCUGCAAAUUGGCAGCUGAGUCCAGCAGCUUGAUCAGACUCAGAUUCCAUUCCUUUGGCAAAAACUGGAUAGCAACCUGGCUGCCGGGAUCCCGUGUGUGAGGCAGGAAAGAGGAUUGAGUGAGCCAAACGUUCCACAUCCAGGAAAUUGAAAAUGGACCUUCGAAAAUCCUAGGUUUACAAUGAGAAAUGUCAUAAUUCAAUGUUUAUUCUAUGGAUCCUUGACAUUUGGGAUCUGGACAGCUCUGUUAUCUAUAUAUUUUCACCGUAAUCACGUGAGCAACCAGCAGAAGAAAAUACAAAAGCCUUCACCAAUUUGGUCUCUUGAAAAAAAAUUGCAACAAGAAAUUAACCAUGGCCCAAAGCCAAUACCAAGACCGCCUGUAAGAGUUGAAAGGCCUACCAAAGAGGAAAUUAAAGAACAGAGGCCAUUUUUAAAAUUAGGUAAGGAUUUUAACUUUUCAGACCCAGAAGUUUUUCAUGGAUUUUCAAAAUAUGGAUUUAAUACCAUUAUCAGUAAAAUCUUGGGCAACGAGAGAGAUGUGCCAGAUACUAGGAAUAAAAUGUGUCUUCAAAAAUAUUACCCAACCAGUCUGCCUACUGCCAGCAUUGUCAUUUGCUUCCACAAUGAAGAAUUUAAUGCCUUGUUUCGGACAGUGUCCAGUAUCAUGAACCUCACUCCACACCAUCUCCUUGAAGAAAUUAUUUUGGUAGAUGACAUGAGCGAAUUUGAGGAUCUGAAAGAAAAACUAGACUAUCACCUGGAAUUUUUUCGGGGAAAGAUUAAAUUAAUAAGAAACAAAAAGCAAGAGGGACUGAUUCGAGCAAGGCUGAUUGGAGCAUCUCGUGCUUCAGGGGAUGUUCUGGUGUUCCUGGAUAGCCACUGCGAGGUGAAUAAAGUAUGGCUGGAGCCCUUGCUGUACGCCAUCGCCAAGGACCCCAAAAUGGCGGUGUGUCCUCUGAUAGAUGUCAUUGAUUACAUGACCCUGGAAUACCAGCCCUCUCCUGUAGUAAGGGGAGCUUUCAACUGGCAUCUACAAUUUAAAUGGGAUAAUGUUUUCUCUUAUGAGAUGGAUGGACCAGAAGGACCCACUAGACCCAUCCGGUCACCUGCAAUGGCUGGCGGAAUUUUUGCUAUAAAUAGGCAUUAUUUUAAUGAGAUUGGACAGUACGACAAGGGCAUGAAUCUCUGGGGAGGAGAAAAUUUGGAACUUUCACUGAGGAUCUGGAUGUGUGGAGGCCAGCUCUUUAUACUUCCCUGCUCUCGAGUGGGACAUAUUGAUAAGCAACGUGUUGCAAAACAACCUGAAGUUACAAAAGCCAUGAUAUAUAACAGUCUCAGAAUGGUGCACGUUUGGCUGGAUGAAUACAAGGAGCAGGUGUUUUUACGAAGACCUGGUCUGAAAUCUGUUGCCUAUGGAAACAUUACUGAGCGUGUUGAAUUAAGGAAACGAUUGGGUUGCAAGUCAUUUCAGUGGUAUUUGGAUAAUAUCUUCCCGGAAUUGGAGACAUCUAAGGGCAGCUGAUGAAAGGAAAACAAACCAUUUUCACUAAUAAAGGGUUAAAAAGUCCCU